GCUGGCGACGGUCCAGCGGCCGAGGAGGAGGGCGGCGCGGACGGCGCGGCCUCCGACGACGCCGUGGUCACCGGCGAGGCGCCAGAGCCCCCCGACGGCAGCCUCGCGUGGGAGAGGGGUCGCCGGCGCCGGGGCCGCAACGCGGUGCCCGCGGCCUUCCGCGGCUUCAUGGCCCAGCGCCGCGGGGUGGCCGAGGUGGCCGUUCCGGAGAGCUCCCCGCGGAGCCGCUGCGGGACAUCCUGCACGUGCCAGAUCGGGGGGCGCCACGAUGAGGGAGCCCGACGAGUGGAAGGGCUACGUGCUGCCGGGCGGCGGCGUGGUCACCGUGCCCCUGGACGGGCCAGUGGCGCUGGAGGAGUUCGAGCAGCUGCCCCCGAAGGCCAAGUACGCGCUGCUCCAGCGGGCAAAGGAAGCCUGGUACGGCGAGUCGCGGUUGAAGGCUGUUGAGGCGCGGGAGGAUGCAGGAACCUUCGUGAACGUGCAGCUGGAGACGUUCUUGAGACACAUACGGACCAACAAGGAGAUCGAGAAGGUGAAGCAGGCGAUGUCGCAGGAGGUGGCCCGCCCCGUCGGCGGAGGAGUGGCCGAGGGCGACGUGUACACGCCGCCCAGCUGGCUCCGCCCCGAGGGCGAGGCCACCGAGGGCGCCCCGGCGGACGCCGCGGCGCACAGCGCGGUCGAGGUAGUCAGUGCGCACCUCGAUCGGCAGGAGCGCCACUUUGAGAACCUGGCAGAAAACGUGGAGCUCGGCGCGGGGCGUAGCAAUACCUCGAAGCGACAGCGGGGCAGCAUCUCGAACAUCAAUCGGGACAGCGCACGCGUGCACGAUGAUGUGCAGGAGCGGUUCAGUGAUAACUGCGGUCAGGUCGUCGGCGUGCACAUCCACGAACCGCGCGGUGCAGUGCGCGUCAGCAUGCAAGUUGUCCAGUGGCGCGAGCAAAGCCAAUUGAAGUAUAAAAAUCGCCAUGCCACGACCAGCAAGUGCCUCGGCCUGAAGACGCUGGCGCACGCGGCCGCGCCCGUGGCGAAGAUCCUAGCUGAGGUACUUGGAGGGGUCCUGCAAGUCAGAAGUCGGCAGGAUGCUCCUCUCCAGGCCGGCGUGAGGGCCCGGAGCAGCUACUCGAACUGGGUGCUGAGCGACUCGGGCAUGGCGGUCGGAUUGCUUGCCGGGGAAGCCGCGGGAGCGGAGUUGAUAGUCUCGAGCCUGCCCAUCGCCUCCGACGCGCCGCGUGGGGCUGGGGGCGCGGCGGACAAGAGAACUGCUGCGCGCGCGAUGGAGACCUCCGCAUUGAUCGUGUCAGGCUCGGUCUUCGCACUCGCGUGGGCUGCCUGCUUCUCAGACAACUGCUUCUCGAUGUUCGCGACGACCUCGGACAGCUCCAGCACCUCCGCUCUCGGCCGUCUGUCGGCCCAGUGCGCGACGAAGAAGGAUGGUUGUCCUAAGACGUUCCUUCUGACGCCUGACUCUGGCAAGAUGUGCUGGGGAUUCGGGAAGUCGCUCUACUGCGUGAUCGGCGAAGUGGCCCACAGCGGCCUCCUGAGAUGGUACCGGCCUGGCGCCAGGUCAGCUGCGUCAGGCCGAACAGUGAAGCUGGAGGUCAGCACGAGGCCAUGCGAUGAGCCCUGCGAUGAGCCGUGCGAGAGGCUGGCUGGCAAGGCGGCCGAGAGCAGCAGCGGCGACGGCGAGAAGCGGGUGGCCGAGGACGAGGCGCUCGAAGCGGCAGCCGCGGAUGCGCCCCUGGCGAGGCGGUGGCUCGAGCGGCGAAGGCGAGCAGAAGCGGCAGCCGUGGCUGCGCCUCCCGGGCCCGCUGACACUGACUGCUCUCGGGAGCACGGCCCCGUCGAUGAGCCACGCUCGCGGGCGGAGCUGAGCGAGAAAGCGGCGGCCAAGGGCGAGGCGUUCGAAGCAGGAGAUGCGUUCUUCAGCUCCGCUGGAACUGCCUGCUCUGAGGAGCGCGGCCCCGUCGAUGCGCCAUGUUCGCGGGUGGAGCUUACCGCGGCGUUGAGGCGUUUACUCGAGCACAGGGCGAGCACCAUCAUCGAGCUUCCCGGGGGCUUCCGGCCCCAGCCUGGCCUCGCGGCGCCCCCGGGCAUGCCGCCAUUGCCCCGCGCAGGCUCCGACUCCUCGUGCACCGACGAGGCUGCUGAGCCCCCUGGGCCGGCGGGCUGGCAGGGGCCCGCGCAGGCGGCACCAGCGGGCGGCACCAGGGAACACCUCGAGGAGGAGCGCAUCCAGGCCGCGCAGGAGCCGCGGAGCCCGCCCGCUGUCGACGCCAGGCAGCAGGGGUGUCCCAGCUCGUGCUGCGGAUCGGACGGCAGCAGCACGGAGGAAGGCAACCCGCUGCCAGUGGAACCCAGGGCGCGGGGCGGAGUGAUCCAGACGAGCGGGGCCAUCUUCGAGCUUCCAGAGGGCUUUUGGCCCCCGCCUGGCCUCGCGGCGUCCCCGCGCACGCCGCCAUGGGUUCGGCAUGGACCAGGCGCCGCCCCGGUUGACGAGACCCGCGGAGGCCCCGACGCCUCGUGCACCGACGAGGCUGCUGAGCCCCCUGGGCCGGCGGGCCGGCAGGAGCCCGCAGAGGCGGCGCCAGCGGGCGGCACCAGGGAACACCUCGAGGAGGAGCGCAUCCAGGCCGCGCAGGAGCCGCGGAGCCCGCCCGCUGUCGACGCCAGGCAGCAGGGGUAUCCCAGCUUGUGCUGCGGAUCGGGCGGCAGCCGCACGGAGGAGGGCAGCCCGAUGCCAGUGGAGCUCGGGGCGCGGGGCGGAGUGAUCCGGACGAGCGGGGCCAUCCUCGAGCUUCCAGAGGGCUUUGGGCCCCCGCCUGGCCUCGUGGCGCCCCCGGGCAUGCCGCCAUGGGUUCGGCGUGGACCAGGCGCCGCCCCGGUUGACGAGACCCGCGCAGGCUCCGACUCCUCGUGCACCGACGAGGCUGCUGAGCCCCCUGGGCCGGCGGGCUGGCAGGAACCCGCACAGGCGGCGUGUGCGGGCGGCAAGGCAGGGGAGCCGCAGGGGAAGGUGCAAGAGCUCACCGACGAUGCCCUUGGUGCCCUUCUGCGGCUUUGGAGCCAAAGCGAGGCAAACGGGCAGAGGGGCCUGGCGGCGACACUCAUCGCGCAGCCGUUCCAGCUCCAGGUCGAGGAUGUCGUCAUUGACCGCAAGGCGCCGCACGAUCCAGCGCAGGGGGCCACCGCUGCGCCGGGGUCGCUCCUGCGCGUGUCCGACAGGCGUCCAGAGGGGCUGUCGUUACACAUGACGCGGGACGCUGCCACAGCAGGAGUCGACACGGACUCCACAGGGUUCCGCUGCCACGUUGUUCUCCGCUGGUCGCUCGGUUGA